AUGGACGUGAAGGGGUCGGAGGUGCUGUGGCCGCUGUCGUCAGUGUUGUGGGAGCUGCGACUCCUGGGUCUGUGGUUGCCGCCCCCGGGCCGCCGACUGCGCCACCGUCUGGCACUCGCCUUCGUCAUGGUCUCACACGUCGCCAACUUCCUCGGUGCCUUCGCCAGCAUCACCAUGGACACACCCAGCAAUCUCCCACAGCUCUCCUUCAUAGCGUACAACUGUCUUAUUGACGCUGGUCUCGCUUGCAAAAUGUUCUCGUUUUCGCUGGACGGUCAGCGCCUUACGGAGCUGCUGCGGCUGCUGGCGGCGUCUCGCCAGAGGUUCCCCGACAAGGCCGGACACCGGGCCCGCUACCAAGCCACGGCCGUCAAGCUGCGCCGCUUUAUGCAGGUGACGUACAGAAUCAACACAGCGUACUGGCUGCUGGCUCCCAUUGUCAGGAACAUAAUGGCUGCAAUAUCCAAGAAUACUUCCUCCAUCAGCAGAGAUAUUCCCAUUCCUAUAUGGCUGCCGUUCGAUGCUCGAUCCUCACCGGUCUAUGAGAUACUGUACAGCCUUGAACUGGCUUUUGGAUUUGCUAUUUCUGAGACUACAGUGCUCAUCGACGGCUCCCUGAUAGCCUUGAUACUGCAAGUGGCCGCCGAACUGGCGGUCCUGAAUGACAAUCUCGCAGCCGGCGUUACUCCAACUCUAAAGCAGUCACCAAGUGGUGUUACCAUCACUGAAAGUAUAGUCCAGGACUCAGACGUCCAGGUACUGCCGAAAUCAUCGCCGUUCUUGGUUGAUGGAGCCUUUUCUGAUUUCCUGCACAGCAGAAGUUCCACAGUCUCGGAAGCCGAAAUAUAUCAACAGCUGAUUGGAAAUAUUCAGCACCACCAGACCAUUAUAAGCUGUGUGAGACUCCUGCGAAAAGUUCUCAGCCGCGCCACUUCCGUACUGCUCUUCUGCAAUACGAUCUCCAUCUGUUUCCAAGUCAUCGCUACUGCUGUUCUGUUGCAGAAGGACGGGGAUAUAGCGCAAACUCUCAAGAUGCUGAUGGGUUCAUCACUCUAUGCAUACCAGGUCGCACUCUUCUGCCUCCUCGGCCAAAGGAUCAUCAAUCAGAGCGAACGUCUAAUACGGUCGGCCUUCAGCGGUGACUGGCCGGAUGGCGACGUCCGCUGCUGGCGCCUGGUGCACAUGCUCUGCCUCAGCACCUCGAGGACCCUCAGCCUCAAGAUCUGCGGAAUCUACACGCUUUCCAGGAUGACUCUGCUGCAGAUACUAAAUGUUUCGUACAGUCUGCUGAACUUCAUAUACCAGACGAAGGCAGAACAGAACGUUGCCGAAAAGGAGCUAUGA